AUGCCUCACAAACACAGAGCCAUAGAAAAGGACGAUUCGCAGUUCAAUCUUCCGCCCGAUGUUCACGCCGCUCCUCUCCCUGUCGGCAAAGCGCGCACCUUCAGCACAGCACCCAAAGGCAAGAAGCGCAAGGUGAACCAGAUCGAUGGAUAUGGCGCGGACGACACACCCAAAGCCUUCCAACGGCUCAUGGCGUUCUCCAAGGGCGGAGCAAAGAAGCGCUCCGGUCUCGACGAUGGCAUGGUGAAGACCAAGAAACAGAAGAAACAAGAGGCAGCCGAAAACUUGGAAAAGGACGAAGCGAAUAACAAGAGUGAGGAGCAGACCCAAUCAAAGGAUGUGCUGAAGAUACAACCCGGAGAGUCAAUGCAAGAGUUCCGCGCUCGAGUCGACGCAGCGUUGCCCUUGUCAGGUAUAAACAAGAACGGCAAGAAGAUUGCAGGUCUCAGCGAUCACAGGGUUACCAAGCACGAGCGGCAUCUCAAGCGUCUACAGAAGGGAUGGAGGGAAGAAGAAGCCAGAAUACGGGAAAAGGAGCAGGAGGCUAGGGAACUGGCUGAAGAGGAGCAAGACGAGCUGGAUGCUAUGUGGGAGGAUAAGACAGCCGACAUAGAAACUACAAGAACGGUGAACGGCAAGAAGAAGAAAGCAAAGAAGAACAAGCGCAAAUUGCUAGCGGGUGAGGUAGACCAUGGCAGCGAAGACGAGUGGGAAGCUCUUAAGAAGAAGAGAGAGGAACGCAAGGGCCUACACGAUAUUGUGCAUGCGCCACCAACGUUUGACAAAGUACCGAGGGAGAUUUUCAAGGUCAAGAACGGAGCGGGUGCCAAGGUUGGAAACGUGCCCAAAUCAGCCGGUAGUUUGAGUAAGAGAGAGGCACUGGGCGAGGAGCGUCAAAAGAUGAUCGACACAUAUCGUCAGAUGAUGGCUGCGAAGAAAGAAACGCAUGCUUAG